CCGAAACAUCGUUAUCCAGAAACGCUAUAUGCAUGUCUGUCCGACCAGCCGUAAAGAAAGGGACCUUUCAUACGGCCGUAAAUUCUCCUUCUCUGAAACCUACGCUCAACGUUGAACAAUGGGAAGCCAAAGCUCCGCUCAGCAAUCGUGAAGUCAACAGUGCUGGUGUCAUGAAGGCGGCUUGCGAAAAGCCUCCUCUGCCGCACAAGUUCGAUGGGAAUGAGCUUUCUUCCUCUUCGCGUCCAACCACGCCCUUGGGUCGCGCUCAUGCGCGUCAUGACUCCUCCCGUCUUGGACCCAGUGGGAUCAGCUCAACCCCAUCACGACCAAGUACCCCUGCUUCUGGGUCCGGAUAUAUAUCUGCGCAGAGCCUGCGCCCUGCGGCGACGCAUAACCUUCAUCCUAAACAACCCAUUAUAACGCCGGAACAAUUCUAUGAUUGGUUCACGCUGUUGGAUCGCUCUGUGGCGCAUAGUCAGGAAGCUCAUUUUCGUGCCCACGUCGCGGGCGUGUCAGCGCACUUGGAUGCAUGCGAUGCGUUGGUGGAGCGGAUCGGUGAGGUGGAUGCACAAGUUGAGGGCAUGCUUGAGGGCUGGAGAAGUGUUGAGGAGGGUGGAAGAAGCCUGAAGGAAGCAUGUGAACGCUUGUUAGAAGAAAGGGCCCGUCUGAUAGAUCUCACGGAGGAGAUCGGCGCACGGUUGGACUAUUUCCAGGAAUUAGAGCAGGCGAUGCGGAUGCUGAAUCGCCCGGGAGAAUCUCUUGUGCUGCAGGCGAACUUUCUGUACAUGGUGGAACGGGUGGACAUAUGCAUCGACUACCUCAAAGCACACCGAUACUUUCGAGAGGCGGAAGUCUAUCUGCUGCGUUUUCAACAAUGCAUGACCCGCGCGAUGACUCUUAUCCGAAUGUAUUUUGUGGGCUCCUUGAAGGCGCUUUCGGCUGAUAUCUUGAAAAAGCUGUCAGAGAAGGACGUAUCAAGUACAGCUCAGAUGCAUCUUCUUUACACUAGAUUUCAGAGUGUAUCGUCUCAGCUAGCUCCGCUGUUAGGUGAGUUAGAAAGACGAGCCCAGACGCAUCCAGCGGAAUUAUCCGCAUUAUUGGCGGAAUGUCACACGGCCUAUUUUUCGACCAGAAAAACGCUGUUGGUCGGUCGGCUGAUGGAGGAAAUCAGGGGAUUAGAUCCUGGUCGGACAGAGUUAGUGGAGUUGACAAGGGCCGGCUGUAGCUAUCUAAAGCAGCUGUGCAUGGACGAAUUCAAGUUAUACCAAUCGUUCUUCACUACAGGCGAAGAACAGCUCUACCAAUAUCUGGAGACUCUCUGCGACUAUCUUUACGAUGACCUACGGCCUCGGAUUCUCCAUGAACCACGGCUGACAGCUCUUUGCGAAGUUUGCACUGUUCUUCAAGCCCUCAUGGUACUCGAUGUGGCAUCAAUACCUGAGGAUGAUUGCGAACCUGCUCUGUCUGUGGACUUGGAUCAAAAGAAACAUAGCCUGGGCACUUUGCAUAUCAGUCAUUUACUCGAGAUGAUAUUACAGGAUGCGCAGACUAGGCUUUUUUUCAAGGCUCAAUCGGUUAUCCAGUCAGAUAUCCGGUCCUAUGCCCCUAAACCGGAAGAUCUGGCUUACCCAGAUAGACUUGCUUCUAGUGUCGAUUCACACGGGGGUCAGCAAGUCCUUACUGCCACAGAGAAAGAAAGCUUCAGUCAGCUGUUUCGGCUUCCUACAAUCGACAAACAGGAGACGUGGUUUCCCACGUUACAAAAGACCGUCUGGGUCCUGUCACAGUUGCAUGAGUUUGUAAAUCCUGCGAUCUUUGCGGACAUCGCCCAAGAAGCGGUGACUUUGUGUCGCCAGUCACUCAUUCUUGCAUCGGACAUGAUAAAACAGCGGACAGGCUCGUCUACCAGCGUUUUAGAUGGCCAGCUUUUCCUCGCACGUCAUCUUCUCAUCUUGAAAGAGGUGACCGAUCAUCUCGAGCUUGCUCAUCGAGAUGCAAGCGAGUUUCAGUACGGUGUUACUGACACCUUGGCUUCGAUGCUGAACACCACGACAUCGCUGUUUCCCGACGCGCUUUUCGCAUCACUUGGAAUGCCGAGGACCGAGGAAGGUAUUCAAGUCGCCAAGCAUGGCAUUGACCACGAUCUCAAACGCGUCUGCGAAGAAGUUAUCGCUGAAUGUUCUAUGCCGAUCUCCUCUCCCAUUGUCGCAUGGGUGGCGAAAAUCGGAGCCUUGAACGCACGAAUUGCCGCUCUCCGUCCCGACAAUUCAGAGCCAUCGUCGACGGCUCAAACGGUCUUCCAGCAAUCUAGUGCGGAAGAACUAGAGCAUAAUUUCCGCAUUGCCUGUGAACGCGAUCUACGCAGUGCUGCUGCACGAUUGAAUCUGUAUCUCGAAGAUGACCGAACUGUCGGCGUUUUAUUGCAGCACGUGAAGGAUCGGUUGGCGGACGACUACGCCCUCUUCAGGGAUGUCGUCUGGAAUAUGUUCGAUGGGGGGAUGCGUGAAAGGCUCCUGGGGGCAGUCGAUCUGCGUUUUCUCUUGGACAGAGUUUGUGAUUAUAAAGUCGAGUAGACAGACAAUCAAGGAAAGCCGUAACUUGGUCACUGAACACAUCUCGAACGCGCCAUCACUACAUCAAAGGGCAGUGCACUCAGUUCCGGUCAUUGAAACACUUGGCCAGUCACUACCAUGUCUGAAGCCGCUCUGCUUGCCCACGUCGUCUCUCAAGUAGAGAGCAAUAUCCAAUUUCUUGUCUCUCAGAAGUAUAUCUCCCAAGUCGAUGCCUCCGCCUUCCUUUCCAAGCUCCCGGACGCACCGCGGUCUUCCGUGUCUCCUCCAAACUCGUUCAAGUCCUCCGUACCCAUCUCCAGCUCCUUGAUUUCUCCCCCUGUGGCUGGGAUUCUACAAGCUCGUGCGUUGUGGGCCUACAAUGAAACCGGAGCUGAUCCGGACGACCUCUCUUUUUCUGCGGGAGACAUCAUUGAAAUCGUCAAGGAGGAGAACGGCGAUUGGUGGAUGGGCCGUUUCAAUGGCCGGCAAGCCUUGUUCCCCGCUGCUUAUGUCGAAAAGAUUGCGGGCACAACACCUCCUCCGGCUACUCGCGCACCAAGCUCCAAACCUUAUCGCCCAUUUGGAGCUGCCCACCAUGGCCGAGAUGUCCCACCUCCAGUUCAACCGACGGCUCCAGUACCUGGUCCAACCACAAACUCGUUGGGUCUGCAGGAUGAUCCCGAGCAGGAAAAGAAGAAGAGCAAGUUCGGCAAGUACGGAAAUACAAUGGCACAUUCGGCUGCUGGAGGUGUGGGGUUCGGAGCCGGUGCUGCUAUCGGCGGUGGACUGGUGCGCGCCAUCUUCUAGUUUCUUAAUUUGCUCGCAUAUUCAUAUUGUGCAUCUAUCAUAAUUUUUAUGCACUGAAUAAGCGCUUGCCGUCAGCCAACCCCUUGGUUUUGUGGAAAGUAAGAAAUCUAACAAGUGAUUGGAGUUUCAUCAUUUCAGCCUGGUUUUUUUAGCUUCACGGUGUGAACAGAAUGCUCCACUUACAGCGGCUCCCGAAAACCUUGAGACUCGCGAAAAUUCCCUGUACCUUUAGGUAAAGGGUUUUUAGGGGAUGUGACACUCCGGCAGAUGCCGAAUAACAGGAGCCAUAAAGCUUCAUUUAUAGUUGGGAUAUUGGGCGCGAUACUCACACCCUGGGAUCCUACUUAAAAAGCUGAUUCAUCUUAACUGCAAAUAUAAAGUUCAAAAUAAUCGAAGUGAAUAUGGGACUUCAUUCUG